GGUGAAGCGUACGCAUCGCAUUUUCGACGUUCGUUGUUUGAUUGAAAAUUGUGCUAGAAGUGAAAAUCUUAUCGCUUUGGUGGCAGUGAACAUAUAAAAACAGUGCACGGACCAUCCACCAAGCCGUCGGCCCCGUUAUUCAUUGCAUACGACCGAAGAGUGUAUCACAAAGUGUUAAAAAUGGCUGAAAAUUCUUCAACGAUGAAAGCUGACAACAAGAAAAAGUUGAACGUUGGCAAUCUGCCAAACGAUGUCACCGAGGAGGAACUGCGGGAGCAUUUUGCGGACCAUCCGGUUGAAAGUGUGGAAAUUUUCCACUACAAAACCUACACCUUAGCCCUGUUGCUCUUCAAAGAUAAGGAGACGGCAACGAAGGCUCUCAAGGAGAAAGAAAACUCUGUCUUCCGCGGACGUCGGCUGCGUAUGCACCUUGAGUACAUCGUCAUUUGUCACAUGAAGAAGGAUGUCUUCGUGUAUGUUGUUGACAAUGAGAAUGUUACCGAGGAAGAUGUUUACGAGAAGUUCAAAGAUCUGGCCAAGCUUCAGUCGGUGGUUUUGUUCCAUCCGCUUGCCUACGUGACUUGCACCAGUCCGGAGGACAAGGAGGAAGCGGCGAAGAAGAUCGCCGAGGCCGGCAUUAACGUGUUCGAAUGUAACGGACACGAUCAGAACCAGCACAUUGACGUGCUGCGGGCUGCCAAGUUGUUCUUCCGCAAUUUGAACCGCGUCCAGAUGUACAACAUUCCCGAGAGCUGGGUCACCUCCCAGGACGAUUUGAAGAAGGCCGUUGAGGGCACUGGUACCGUGACGGAGGUGCGCGUCACGACCGGAAAUUUUGGCCCGGCCGCGCAGGUUUUCUACGAGACGGCCGAUGAGGCGAAAGUCGCUGCUGAGAAAUUGAACCAGCAGCUUUUCGAGGGCAAGCGCAUCCACGCGCACCACGUGAUUGCGACGAUGCUACCGAACUACCGGACGAGCGUGUACAUCGAGCAGCUGGACAAGUCCGUCACCGAGGAAACGCUGUACGAUCACUUCCGACAGUACGGCGAGAUCGACUUCGUCAAUCGGCGUAAGUUUGGUGACGACCACGGGCUCGUCUGUUUCAAGGAAGCCAGUGCCGUCGAGCGGGCCCUCGAGUGCACCGUUUUGCCGCUACCGAAGAAAGAAACCGAAAGCACCGAGUCGACGUCGUCGGCCCCGGUCGAAACUGAGAAGACGAUUGUCGUGAAGAAGUACGAUGGUCCCUUGGUACUGGACAUCAAGUUGCCCCAGAUCAAGAAGGGGGUUACGACCGAAGAAACCGAAGAGCAAAAGCAGCGCCCGCCGCCGACACCACUCGCCAAACUGUGGCCCAUCUACGUCGCCAACUUGCCGUACAAGGCGGACAAGCGUGAGAUCAAGCAGUACUUUUCCAGCUACGGUGGCCACAUUAAGUUCAUCUUCUCGCCGAACAUCCCAACGUACAAGCAGAGCCAAACCUCGAUGGUGAUGGCUGCGCUGAUCUACUUCGCGCGCCGCGAGCAAGCUAACGAAGCCAUUAAGGCGUUCAACGGCAAACACUUCCAGAGCAAGUGUCUUCACGUGUUCCCCGGUCGCAAGGACACUUACUUUGACACCGAAAAGUCCAUAAAGGUGGUGCGCCUGAACAUUGCCGUCACCGAGGAGAAGCUGUUCGAAAAGUUCCGCAAGUUCGGUUUCAUCGAGUGCGUGGUGAAGAAGGAUCGCACAACGGCAUACAUCGAGUUCCGCGACAAGGAGAUCACUGAAAAAGUACUGAAGCUGGAUGAAAAGCAGCGCCCAGUGCGCUGCAACGUCGAACCGGUUACGGGCAAGAUCAACAAGAAGAUCUUUAAGGAAAACGAUGAGAAAAUUUCCCUCGCCAUGCAGGAAAUCAUCGACAAGAACCCGGCCGUGCUGGAGAACGUUUCGUCCGAUCGCUCGAGUGGUCCGCCACCGCUGAAGCGCGGCCGUUUCAGCGGACCAGCCAACUUUGGCAUGCAGGGUCCGCGCAAUCAGUUCAACCCGAACAAUGGGGGCGACUUCAGCAACCCACAAGUCAUCCAGGAUCUACUCCGGUUGGCUUUCAUCUCGGGCAAGAAUCUCGGCGAAGGGUUGGCCAUCAGUGGCAACAGCAACCCGUUCAACAGUGGCGAUCCACCGCUAGCGAACCUGAACAACGGUUUCGGUACCGGUGGCAAUCGGAACACCUUCAACAACUCAAACAGCGGAAACUUUGGUGGCUCCUCCAACAACGGCGGUGGCGGUAACAUGGGCGGUGGUAACCGGGGCGGUAACAUGGGCGGCGUCAAUCGCAACUUUGGUCAGAAUAUCGGCGGUGGUGGCGGCAUUGGCGGUGGCGGCUUCCGCAACAACUUGGGCGGUAAUUUCGGUGGCAAGCGGUUCAACGGAUCACAACAGACGAAUCGCAUGGGACAAAACAACCGCCAGGGUGGCGGGGGCGGCGGUGGCGGUGGCAACAACCAGAACCGGCGGUUCUAAAGGUAGUUGCUUUUGCAACCACACACAACACAUACAACAUAACAACAAAACAACAAAAACGACACGACAGAAACGCGCGUCACUACUAGUCGCAGAAGGAAGCUGCUGCAAGACGCGCACACCGUACUAAUCGACGUGACAAGACCCCCAUCCCGACAGUGACGUAAUUUUUUUUCUUCUUUUCUCUGCACGUGAGGAACGUUCGCGGCCGGAUGUGCACGUAAAAUGCAACACUUUUUGCGCCGUUUUACAGUAGCCGGGGGCCUACUAGACCACCGCAUCUUGCCUACAUAAAGAUCGGGCGAAGGCUAGCCGCGGAUGCUAUGUUCGUCAAACGCCAAUGGAGCCUGGAGUUUUGUAGGUGAGGCGUUGCUAGUAGGCCACUUUAUACAGUAGGUAAAGGAGCCGCCCUGAAUAUUACUGAAGACAAUACCUUGAGGUGUAGUUGCCACAUGUUUGAUGUUCGAUUUUAGACUCCAUGCAAUUUGUCCAUUGUCGAUGCGAAUUGUAUUAAGACGAUUUUCGUAAUUUUUAGGUUAAUUUUUUUUAUAAUCAUGAUUGAUUUAUAACACAUCAUUUAAUGUAAUUAUUAUCACUUACCGCAGCAAUAGUGGUAUUUGGAGAGGAGCGCGCUGUACGUGGAAACGCAUGUUUCAUAUUCUUUAGCGUCAAGCUCUUUUGUACCUCUUUUUCCUCGUUUAUUCAGUAAUUGUGGCGCGAACGAACGAGCUCCAUUCGCAUUUUUUGUCCCCCUUUUUGGCGUAAAACUUCAUUCGAUAUAGCGUAUAUCCUGUCGAAAAGAAUGAUUUUAUACGUUUUCUUUGUAUACAGUUUUGUUGAAAUAUAUAGCCCACGAAGUUUUAACAAAAAACAGCACCAUGCAUUUGGCCCGUUGGUCGAAUUGAUCCCAAAUCUUUCGCUUCAAAGCCCAAUAGUGUAUGCCGGUAGCGUGGCAACCGUUUCAACGAUUGUAUGUGUCUCUUGUAUUCGUGCAACUUAGACACAACUGUAGGCAUGCACCAUGCUGAAAGUGGUCCGUUGUCAAGUCGUUUUCAAAUACUAAGAGCCGUUCUGAAUGGGUACGGCAUAACACCGGCUCUGGCAACUAAUAAUGCUUACAAUAAAUAUCUUCAAGAGUUUUACCAGCUUGUGGCAUAAUAACUGUGUGCAUUACGGUAUGGGAAACAAGUGUAAAGCGAUCUUCGUAAAGCAACAAACUUCACGAGAGUAUUGGAGCGGAGCGGAGAACCUUUUCUGUGUUUUUUUAGGGUAAUAGAAGAUUUUUCGAAAGUUGUGGGCACCAGGCGAUGAAAAUUACGUUCGAUUAGAAGCCAUUCGGUUCUCACCUAUAUCUACUUAUCCCCUACUUGAUAGAGUGUAACACGCAACGAACGCUGACGUUGAAUGUAAGCUACUAAUAAUCGUGUGCAGUAUAGUGAACCACGGCACGUUACGUGGAGGAUCGUUUUGGAUCAUCAUGUAUGGAGAAGUGCGAUCACCGCGGGGAACCGUUGUUUCGAGUUUCCAGGCGGAGAACACAGCGUAGAAUGCGUUGUUUGUUUUCGUAAUUUCUCGAUCGAUCUUAGAUCAUCCACAAUUUAAAAAAAAACAUUCAAGAGCUGCACUCAGCGGCCAAACAUUAUAACCCGUAGCAUUGCAGCAACAGUAAUGAGAGAAUA